AUGUCCGGACUCAUGGUGCCCGACCCAGGAACCAUUGCCAAUGGAUACGUGACGCCCAGGGAGGAACAUUUCGACAUUCAUGAAUCGCCUGGUGCCUUUGCAUCGGCUCACGAGAAACGAGCUUUUGCAAAUCGCCAGCACCAGCCAAAUGCAGAGAGUUUGGCCCGGAUGAUUUCCAAUGCCAGGAAACCCACUUUCGGCGGUAAAGUUGGCAUCAAGGACCGGAUAUGCUGUUACCAAUGGACCUACUUCACCAUGAACAUGGCCACUGGUGGUGUAGCCAAUGUCCUUCAUAGCAUACCAUUCAGGUCCGACUGGCUCUAUUACGUCGGAUUGGUGUUUUUCAUAUUCAAUAUCUGUCUCUUUCUUUUGAAUUGCGUCUGUAUAACAUUGAGGUUUCGGAUGGUUCCUGGCAGCUUCAUGCAUGCCUUUAAUGAUCAGACUGAAUCACUCUUCAUUCCUGCAGUGGUGAGUCCCAGCUUAUCCGCCAUGAUCAUGAUAAAUAUAUGCGAAUACGGGGUGCCAUACACUGGUCUGUGGCUCCAGAGGGUGGCCCAGCUACUCUUCUGGAUCUAUGUAGCCACCAGUUUCACAUCCAGCGCCGCAAUGUAUUUGACGCUAUGGUCGACACAGAUAUUUCCAAUUCACACAAUGACCCCAGUCUGGGUGUUUCCAGCCUACCCAUUGUUAUUGGCAGCACCCUUUGCGACGAACCUCAUUAAAGCCGUUAUCAAUUCGGAAGCCGACGUGUUGGUGAACUUUACAGCCCUGGCAUUUUGUGCAAUCACGGUACAGGGAACGGGCUUUCUAAUAAGUUUCAUGAUCUGUGCAGCAUUCCUAUAUCGUCUCAUGACGCAGAAGCUGCCACGCGAUAUGCAAAGACCUGGUGUUUUCAUUUCAAUAGGACCAAGUGGGUUCACUUGUGCUGGUCUUGUAGCAUUAGGCACUCAGACCGAGCAAAUCAUACCGGCAGACUUUCCUGGUCGAGAACACGCCAUAUAUAGCGCGCACUUCUUUUCCAUCAUGCUGGGGCUUUGGCUAUGGGGGCUGAGUCUCUGGUUCUUUUUGGUUUCCGUCGGCUCACUUCACAAAUACCUUCGUCGCGAGCACAAGAUGCCAUUUCAAAUGACGUGGUGGAGUUUUGUUUUUCCCAACACCGCCCUGGUCACCGCGACAUUGGCAAUGGGGAAAGCGCUGAGCAGCAAAGGCUUGCAGAUAUUUGGGUGUGUAAUGGCAGCACUCUUGAUUGUCGUUUGGGUGCUUGUCUUCCUCCGUAUGAUCAAGGGUCUCUGGCAACGAGAGCUGCUAUGGCCAAAGGGACUUGAGGCCGAAUAA